CCAGGGAGGCUAGCGGAGCGCAGAGGAGGAGCGGAGCUCGGAUGGAAAUGGCUCUCUCCAGGGGUUUGAGAUGCUGUCAGAGGGUUUUCUCCUGGAUCCCUGUCCUCAUCAUCACCGCCGUUGUGCUCUGGUCUUAUUAUGCUUACGUGUUUGAGCUGUGUCUUUUUACAAUCAGUAACGCGCUGGAGAAAGCGGUCUAUCUGCUGGUAUUUCAUGUCUGCUUUGGGAUGUUCUCCUGGACAUACUGGAAGUCCAUAUUCACCCCUCCUGCUACACCAUGCAAAAAGUUCCAGCUGUCAUACUCAGACAAGCAACGAUACGAGAUGGAGGAGAGACCAGACGCUCAGAAGCAAAUCCUCGUCGAGAUCGCAAAGAAACUCCCCAUUUUCACCCGAACCCAGUCUGGAGCUAUCAGGUUCUGUGACCGCUGCCAGGUACUGAAGCCUGACCGCUGUCACCACUGCUCCGUUUGUGAAACUUGUGUCUUAAAGAUGGACCAUCACUGUCCCUGGGUUAACAACUGUGUCGGUUUUUCCAACUACAAGUUUUUCCUACUUUUCCUUGCCUACUCUAUGCUGUACUGUGUAUUCAUCACAGCAACAGUCCUUCAGUAUUUUCUCAAAUUCUGGGUGGGGGACCUGCCAAAUGGACCUGCAAAGUUCCAUAUCCUCUUCCUCAUGUUUGUUGCACUCAUGUUCUUUGUCAGUCUCAUGUUUCUCUUCAGUUACCACUGUUGGUUAGUGGCCAAGAACAGAUCCACUUUAGAGGCCUUCUCAGCUCCAGUAUUUGCCAGUGGACCUGACAGAAACGGGUUCAGUCUUGGCCUACACAAAAACCUGCUGCAAGUGUUUGGAGAAGACCGCAAAUUGUGGUUCAUCCCUGUUUUCACAAGCCAAGGGAAUGGUCACUACUUUCCUUUAAGGAGUCAGAGCUCUGAGUCCCAUAACCCCUUGUUAGCUAACGAGGACAUGUGGGAUGAGUCAGAUGAUGGUUCAGAAGGAAGUUUGGUUGAGGACGCAGACCCCUCUGUUACUAUCGAGAUGGACGACUAACCUGCACAUGCACAGAUAAUACUUACUUUUAUCAAACACUUUGUUAUGAUGUGUUUGCAUUCCAAAUAAUAUGGAAGUUGGGGAAAUGCUGGAGAUGGUGAGUGGGAGACGAUCUGCAUUACGAUUUCUUUUUGUUGUUGCCAAUUUUCAAUUAAGUUUCACAUGAUGAGGAAAGAUAACUUAGAUGGAUGACAAGUUGCAGUACAAAUAAUGGUUUAUUUAAGAAGAAAACCUAUUACCUCAGUAAAAAGGAUAUGUUAUUUAUUAUUGGUUUGUUGGUGAUGCUGUGUGGUACAGUGCUAUUUUACAUGCCUCUGUUUCACAGCUGGGCUGCGUUUACAGUGUUGCACCUUAACAAUCCUUCUCAGCAGGAGGGGAGGUAUUAAAAUCCACCCUGAGGCCUGCGGAGGUCUAGCGUAGGGACCCAGCUGGCCAAUCAGUUUGACGUUUCCCCCAGUGUAACGUAGGUUUUAAUUUUACUCUAACAAAAGGUUGUAAGCAUAUUAGAAGAUCUGACUUGACCUGCGCCUUACAUAAGUAUUCCUGUGUGCUUUGGAGAAAUUUCUCCUGAGAAUGUAUCAUCGCAUCACCCUUUCCAGGCAAACUGUGGAGUUUUUGAAAAAAAAAAGAAAGCGGUUUUCCAGU